AUGUUUCAUUAUCCACAGAAACGGCGUUUAAUCAAGCGAGAAGAUUUAGCUCCUGGGAUCCAAGCCCCUGACCUCCAACCAAAGGAUGUCUCCCCCGGGACAGAAAAGCCUCCCAAAAAAGAGAAGAAGGAGAAGAAGGAGAAGAAGGAGAAGGAGGACAAGCCGGACGCCCCGAAUCCUUCGCUCCAACCCAACGGCGGUGACGCCCCGGGAGAUACGAACCCCCAUGAACAAGACACCGGCGGAGAUGCUGACCCGAAAAGCAAAGAUAAAGGAAAAUCGGCCAAGAAACCCUCGGCCGAAGACAAGGAGAAGAAGAAGCAAGAGAAGAUCGAAAAGCAGAAGAAGAAAGUCCAGAAGGCCCAGGACAAACUCGACGCCGAAAAGGCGAAAUUAGAAAAACUUCUCAACGGCGGCGAUGAUAAAGGGAAGGACGGAGACAAAGGCAAGAAAGGAAAGAAGGAGAAGAAAGGCUCCAAAUCAAAGGAGGAAAACCCGAACGGCGGCGAUCAGCAACCAAAAGAUUUGGACCCGACUCCUGAUCCGAGCGACAACGGCCUUGGUGGUGGAGGCGGAAGCCAAUCCGGAGGUGGUGGAAGCCAAUCCGGAGGUGGUGGAAGCCAAUCCGGAGGUGGUGGACUCGAAUCCGGGGGUGGCGGUGGUUCCGGUGGUGGAAGCGGUGGUGGCUCCGGCGGCGGCUCGGGCGGUGGCAAUGGUGGCGAAAAGGGUGGCGAAAAGGGUGGCGAAAAGGGUGGCAAAAAGGGCAAGGGCACUUCAACUACGACACCCGGGGACGUGGUCGGUGGUGGCAAGGGCAGCGGCUCUGGCUCGGGGAACAACAAUACGAAAGACGCCGGACAAGAAGACCCCAACCCAACUCCUCCCUCCAUCUAGUCUUCCUCUCCAAGAGAUAGCGGCGCCUAAUCCGAUCACAAGACCAA